UAGCUCCAAUUUGGGAAUCACUCCGAUCUGUUAAUAAUUAUGAGGGAAGAAGACUCAAAUUGGUUCUCCAGAUGGGAGGAGGAGCUGCCAUCCCCGGAGGAGCUUAUGCCUCUUUCCCAAUCCCUAAUUACUCCUGAUCUUGCUCUCGCCUUCGACAUUCGCAACCCCAACCAUGCCCAACACCAACAGCCUCCUCCUCCUCCGCCUUCCUCGGCUCUACAACCCCCUUCUCAACCCUACUUUUCCGAAUUUGCCGCCGAUUCCGGGGACCUGGGAUCCGAGGCAGCCGGGGAUGAGCCCGCGCGCACUCUCAAGCGGCCUCGCCUCGUGUGGACCCCACAGCUCCACAAGAGAUUCGUUGACGCCGUGGCUCAUUUGGGGAUCAAGAACGCCGUCCCCAAGACCAUAAUGCAGUUAAUGAGUGUCGAUGGCUUGACGAGAGAAAACGUUGCGAGCCAUUUGCAGAAGUAUCGCCUUUAUUUGAAGAGAAUGCAAGGCUUGUCGGGUGGUAGUGGAGGUGGUGCCAACGGCGGAUCUGGUGGUGCCGGAUUAGGGGCCUCCGCUGAUCCAGCGAUGGACCAUUUGUUUGCAAGCUCACCGGUUCCGCCACACUUUCUUCAUCCUGGUCGGGCUAAUUCAGAGCAUUUCUUACCCUUCGUGCCAGUGCCAGCACUGCAGCAUCACCAGCAACAGCAGCAAAUACUGGCGGCCGCUGUAGGACAUCCUCAUUUGCAGUCUCAGUAUCAUCGGCCACAAAUGGGGCUCUACGAGUCAUCUCCAAAUAGCCAAUUCGAGCACCCUUUCUUAGGCAGGCAGACCCAGCAGCCAAUGCAAAGGAUGAGAGGGAUGCCGGGGCAUAAUCAAGCUCCCGGUAGUUAUGUAGAAGAUUUGGAAUCUGCCAAUGGCAAUGGUGGAAGGAAGGUUCUUACAUUAUUUCCUACUGGGGACGAUUGAUUCAAAUCUUUGGUAAUUAUUGACACCCCAUUUUCAUCAUGCAACUAUUCUUCUUUAUUUUAGUUAGCCUUUUCUUCAAGUUUCAUCAUGUAGAGUCUUGGUGGGUAGUUAUUCCUAUUUCUGGCUUUUUUUUAAGUGAUACUGAAGGGGUGCUGGUGACCGGAAAUGAACUUCAAUUUCUGCAUUUCAUCUUGAGCUGGUAGGUACUGUAAUUGAUCUGUUCGUUCUUUUUCACUACACUCUAUCGGGUCAUUGUUGCAGUGUCAAUUC